CAAUACUUCACAAACUAAACACAGUUUAGUUUGCAGAGAAACUAUCCAUCAUCAUGACACAAUGUUCAGCUAAGACAAGGUACCUGGUGACCCAGCCUGAACUGCACCAGUUCAUUGAGUGCUGUAUGGGUGCAGUAGGAGCCCAGAGCAGCCAUGGAUCUGCAUUGGCCGAUGUGCUGGUGGAGGCAGAUUAUCGAGGACAUUACAGCCACGGAUUGAACAGACUUGAUAUGUACCUGCGAGAUCUGAAGACUGGAAUCUGUGCAAAGGAUGGAGAACCCACUGUUGGAAAGUGCACUGUGGCCACUGCAUUGGUGAAUGGCAAUAAUUUGAUUGGACCCAUUGUUGGCAACUUCUGCAUGGAGCUUGCUAUCAAAAAGGCCAAAGAAGUUGGAAUAGGCUGGGUGUCUGCUUAUGGUUCUAACCAUUAUGGCAUUGCAGCAUUUUAUUCCAUGCAAGCUGUGAAAUGUGGCCUCAUUGGGAUGUCUUGUACCAACACCUCUCCACUGGUGGUACCAACCAGAGCAAAGCAGUGCACUUUGGGAACCAAUCCUAUCAGUGUUGCUGCUCCUGCCCUGGAUGGUGACAGCUUUGUGUUGGAUAUGGCCACAUCAGCGGUGGCUUUGGGAAAGAUAGAACUUCAACACAGACGUGGAGAGAAGAUUCCAGAAGGAUGGGGCUGUGAUCCCAAUGGUAAAAACACCACCGAUCCAGCAAGUAUCCUGUGUGGAGGGGGUCUGUUGCCUCUGGGAGGAAGUGAAGCUACAAGUGGAUACAAAGGCUAUGGAUUGAGUAUGAUGGUGGAGAUGUUUUGUGGAAUUCUAUCAGGAGCUCAUUACAGUAAAAACAUCCGCUGCUGGAAGGAGACAGACUUGGUGGCUGAUUUGGGACAGUGCUUCCUUGCCAUCGAUCCAGAAUGCUUUGCUCCAGGCUUCAAGUCCAGGAUGUCCGACCUGCUCAAAAUGCACAGAGAUCUGGAACCAAGUGAACCCGGGCUGUGUGUUCUCACACCUGGAGACCCAGAGAGACAGCACAUCGCAGAGUGUGAGCAGCACGGUGCCAUACCGUACCAUGUCAGCGUGGUGGACCACAUGAACUCUGUGGCGAGGGAACUGGGGGUCAAACUGCUCCCAACUAACCACACAAUCAAUCCCUAGUGGCUGCAUCUGGUGAGCUGACAUCAACUAGAUGUUAUUGAGGAGCAGAACAAGGGAUGGAGGGACCUCCUGAUCUUUUAUUGUGUUGUGAUUUUAUGUGUUUGCCUCAAGGUGCUUCCAGGUGGUAACGUUAAUCUUUGUUUCAAGUCUGACUGCUGCAGUUGUUCAGGCAGAAGGUUCACUCAGUGUAGUGAUGGGGACUCAGUUGCUGAUCAGUGGCAGGAGGGAGCAAGUUACGCAACGCCAGCCAGAUCAGCAGAUGUUUGGGGUUCAUUGGGAAAGGGGUGCCUGCUGAUA